CAAAGGAGAGCGCUCUGAGAAAGGAGACUGCUCAGAGAAAGGAGGUUGUUCAGAAAACGCAGCUCGGUCAGGGAAAGGAGGCAGUGUAGAAAUUGAAGAUCGUUCAGAGAAAGGAGACUGCUCAGAAAACGGAGAGCGCUCAGACAACGAAGAGCGCUCAGAGAAAGGAGACUGCUCAGGGGAAGGAGUCAGGUCAGGGAUAGGAGGCAGACCAGAAAACGGAGAGCGUUCAGAGAAAGGAGGCAGUGCAGAAAUUGAAGACCGUUCAGAGAAAGGAGGCACUUCAGACAACGUAGAGCGCUCAGAGAAAGGUGUCAGUUCAGAAACCGCAGCUCGGUCAGAGAAAGGAGGCAGUGCAGAAAUUGAAGACCGUUCAGAGAAAGGAGACUGCUCAGAAAACGGAGAGCGCUCAGACAACGUAGAACGCUCAGAGAAAGGAGGCAGUUCAGAAACCGCAGCUCGGUCAGAGAAAGGAGGCAGUGCAGAAAUUGAAGAUCGUUCAGAGAAAGGAGUCAGUUCAGAAAACGGAGAGCGUUCAGACAACGGAGACAGUUCAGAGAAAGGAGUCAGUUCAGAAACCGGAGAGCGUUCAGAGAAAGGAGACUGCUCAGAAAACGGAGAGCGCUCAGACAACGUAGAACGCUCAGAGAAAGGAGGCAGUUCAGAAACCGCAGCUCGGUCAGAGAAAGGAGGCAGUGCAGAAAUUGAAGAUCGUUCAGAGAAAGGAGUCAGUUCAGAAAACGGAGAGCGCUCAGACAACGGAGAGCGUUCAGAGAAAGGAGGCAGUGCAGAAAUUGAAGACCGUUCAGAGAAAGGAGACUGCUCAGAAAACGGAGAGCGCUCAGACAACGUAGAACGCUCAGAGAAAGGAGGCAGUUCAGAAACCGCAGCUCGGUCAGAGAAAGGAGGCAGUGCAGAAAUUGAAGAUCGUUCAGAGAAAGGAGUCAGUUCAGAAAACGGAGAGCGCUCAGACAACGGAGAGCGUUCAGAGAAAGGAGGCAGUGCAGAAAUUGAAGAUCGUUCAGAGAAAGGAGUCAGUUCAGAAAACGGAGAGCGCUCAGACAACGGAGAGCGUUCAGAGAAAGGAGGCAGUGCAGAAAUUGAAGACCGUUCAGAGAAAGGAGGCACUUCAGACAACGGAGAGCGCUCAGAGAAAGGAGACUGCUCAGGAAACGGAGAGCGCUCAGACAACGGAGACUGCUCACACAACGGAGAGCGCGACAACGUAGAGCGCUCAGAGAAAGGUGUCAGUUCAGAAACCGCAGCUCGGUCAGAGAAAGGAGGCAGUGCAGAAAUUGAAGACCGUUCAGAGAAAGGAGACUGCUCAGAAAACGGAGAGCGCUCAGACAACGUAGAACGCUCAGAGAAAGGAGGCAGUUCAGAAACCGCAGCUCGGUCAGAGAAAGGAGGCAGUGCAGAAAUUGAAGAUCGUUCAGAGAAAGGAGUCAGUUCAGAAAACGGAGAGCGUUCAGACAACGGAGACAGUUCAGAGAAAGGAGUCAGUUCAGAAACCGGAGAGCGUUCAGAGAAAGGAGACUGCUCAGAAAACGGAGAGCGCUCAGACAACGCAGAGCGCUCAGAGAAAGGAGACUGCUCAGACAACGUAGAACGCCCAGAGAAAGGAGUCAGUUCAGAAAACGCAGCGCGUUCAGAGAAAGGAGUCAGUUCGGAAAACGGAGAGCGCUCAGAGAAAGGAGACUGCUCAGAAAACGGAGAGCGCUCAGACAACGGAGAGCGCUCAGAGAAAGGAGACUGCUCAGACAACGUAGAACGCUCAGAGAAAGGAGUCAGUUCAGAAAACGCAGCGCGUUCAGAGAAAGGAGUCAGUUCAGAAAACGGAGAGCGCUCAGACAACGGAGAGCGUUCAGAGAAAGGAGGCAGUGCAGAAAUUGAAGAUCGUUCAGAGAAAGGAGUCAGUUCAGAAAACGGAGAGCGCUCAGACAACGGAGAGCGUUCAGAGAAAGGAGGCAGUGCAGAAAUUGAAGACCGUUCAGAGAAAGGAGUCAGUUCAGAAAACGGAGAGCGUUCAGACAACGGAGAGCGUUCAGAGAAAGGAGGCAGUGCAGAAAUUGAAGACCGUUCAGAGAAAGGAGACUGCUCAGAAAACGGAGAGCGCUCAGACAACGUAGAACGCUCAGAGAAAGGAGGCAGUUCAGAAACCGCAGCUCGGUCAGAGAAAGGAGGCAGUGCAGAAAUUGAAGAUCGUUCAGAGAAAGGAGUCAGUUCAGAAAACGGAGAGCGCUCAGACAACGGAGAGCGUUCAGAGAAAGGAGGCAGUGCAGAAAUUGAAGACCGUUCAGAGAAAGGAGACUGCUCAGAAAACGGAGAGCGCUCAGACAACGUAGAACGCUCAGAGAAAGGAGGCAGUUCAGAAACCGCAGCUCGGUCAGAGAAAGGAGGCAGUGCAGAAAUUGAAGAUCGUUCAGAGAAAGGAGUCAGUUCAGAAAACGGAGAGCGCUCAGACAACGGAGAGCGUUCAGAGAAAGGAGGCAGUGCAGAAAUUGAAGAUCGUUCAGAGAAAGGAGUCAGUUCAGAAAACGGAGAGCGCUCAGACAACGGAGAGCGUUCAGAGAAAGGAGGCAGUGCAGAAAUUGAAGACCGUUCAGAGAAAGGAGGCACUUCAGACAACGGAGAGCGCUCAGAGAAAGGAGACUGCUCAGGAAACGGAGAGCGCUCAGACAACGGAGACUGCUCACACAACGGAGAGCGCUCUGAGAAAGGAGACUGCGCAGGAAACGGAGAGCGCUCAGACAACGGAGACUGCUCACACAACGGAGAGCGCUCAGAGAAAGGAGACUGGCUCAGAAAACGGAGA